AUGAUUUACUUCGAAUACUUCAAGUCACAGAUUGAGAGACAAAUAGUGGUCCAUCUCAAGAACAGGAUGGUAUUCAGGGGAAUCCUGAGGAACGUAGAUCCAUUCCUGAACAUCAAGUUGGACAGUGUCCAAAUUGAAUCAGAUAAUGAGUUCAUUAGCAUAAAGAAUGGGAUAAAGAACAUAAAAAUGUGUUCAAUCCGUGGCUCUGCAAUCAAAUGCAUUGAAAUGGAUCGAAUUGGAAUAGAAGAGAGACUCACUGAGGCAUCCAGACUCAGAUACAACAUCGACAGGUAG